UUUUUCUUUAAGCUGAUGCGGCUAGGAUAAUCACAUGGCCAAAAUGAUUUGCCAUGUGCACCAUGGAGGUGGUCCCUCAGGUGUAAGUACAACUACUCCUCCGCGUUGUGGAUCCGAGAUCACGUAUGAUGGUGGGACUUUGCCUUUAAACUUUUCCUUGGAGCAGAAGUCGGGUACUUUCCCCGUCCGGCACGGCUUUCUCCUCUCCUCUGUCUCAAACGAAACGAUGGAAGGAAACGUCGUUCUGUUCCCGUUCUUGGCCCAGGGCCACAUGAACCCCUGUCUCGACCUCGCCCGCCUCCUCUCCGCCCGCUACCCCCAACUCACCCUCACCCUCGUCACCACCACCGGCAACCUCCCCCACCUCCGCCGCGUCUUCCCCUCCCAUCGCCUCGCCCACCUCCCCUUCCACCCCGCCGACCACGGCCUCCCCUCCGACGCCAACACCUCCUUCGCUCUCCCCGCCCACCUCAUCGUCCCCUUCCACCGCGCCACCCGAUCACUCGAACACUCCUUCCGCCGCCUCCUCUCCGACCUCUCCACCGCCUCCGACGGACCACCACUCCUCUGUCUCAUCACCGACAUGUUCUUGGGCUGGACCGUCCCCGUCGCCCGCUCCCUCGGCGUCUUCCACGCCGUCCUCCACCCCUCCGGCCCCUUCGCCAUGUCCAUCUAUAACCAUUUCUGGAGCCACGUCCCCCACGCUCUCUCCGAUGCCGACGAGUUCUCCGUCCCGGGCCUCCCCGGCGUCACCGUCCGUCGCUCCCAGCUCUCCCGCAACAUGCUCGCCGCCACCUCUCCCGACGACCCCAACUCCAUCUUCGUUCGCGAGCAGGCCGAGCACUGCCGCCGCUCCGACGCCACCCUCUGGAACACCGCCGACGCUCUCGAGAAGCCCUUCCUCCAAGCAUGGGCCAAAUCCACCGGCCUCCCCGUCUUCGCUGUGGGCCCCCUCUUCGCCGCCACCCCCAAGCCUCCCGCCGGCCGCGGCAUCAAGGACGGAUGCGCUGCCGACGUGGCCGCCGGUUGCUUGUCUUGGCUGGACGGACACCAGCCGGGAUCGGUGGUGUACGUGUCGUUCGGGUCGCAGAACCGGCUGCCGGCCAUGGAGGCGGCAGCGCUGGUGGCGGCGUUGGAGGGGCAGCGCCGGCCGUUCCUCUGGGCGGCGCCGGUGGCGGACCAGGCGCCGGAGGGGGGCGCCGGGGAAGGGAUGGGGCUAGUGGUGAGGGGGUGGGUCCCGCAAGUAGAGAUCCUGGGGCACGCGGCGACGGGAGCAUUCGUGAGCCACUGCGGCUGGAACUCGUCGCUGGAGAGCAUGCGGCACGGGGUGCCGGUGGUGGGGUGGCCACUGGUCGGGGAGCAGACGUGCAACGCGAAGCUGAUGGCGGAGGAGCUCGGGGUGUGCGUGGUGGUGGGGAGCGCAGCGGAGGCGGCGGCGGCGGUGGCGGAGGUGAUGGGGGAGGGGGAGAGAGGAAGGGAGGUACGGCGGAAGGCGAGGGAGGUCGCGGCGGAGAUGGAGUCGGCGGUGUCGGAGUCCAGAGAGGCCAAGGGGGCGUCGCUCGGGGCGCUGGAUGAGUUCGUGGAGAUGGUAAUCAGACGCGCGGCGGCGAGUCCGACCAAGCUAGGGGUGCACCAAAUCAACGGUCAGUGAUGUGAUUGCAAGGACCGGAAAAAGCGGUCCGACAGGGGGGGCCGGAUGUCCCCCAUUGUUCUGCGCUUUCUUUGAAAAAAUAAGCGUUGGUCUCUCGAGGAGAACGACAAAAACGUGAAUAGGGCACUUGUAGCUAAAAUCGAUGACCUUGCAUGGUGCGCUCGUGGCUUUGCAAUUUUUAUUUAUUCCUUAUUAAUUUUUCUUUUUAAGGGGCAUGCGAACGAGUGGGCCGUGCAAUACGACGUGUCAUGGUCAAUUCCAAACAUUUGCAUUAUAAUAUGUUAUAUUAGAAUACAACUAUCUUUGGACACGG